CGCAGGCGGCCCCUGGGUCUGUGCGGGAGGGGUCGGAGGCUGAGGGAGAUGCUGCUGCUGCUGCUGUUCGGGAGGGAUGUGACAUCUCCUGCAUCUGUGUAUCGGAGUGAAUUGGGCUACUGCUCCCCUGCCUGGAUCCCCCUGGACUUGUGACUUGUGUCUCCCCUCAUCUCCUGCUUCCCUGAGCUCCAUAACCGGCCCCGCCCCAAUAUUCUGUUCCAUUGCCUGAAACAUAACCUUCCGACCCCAAGCUCCUGUUCCACUGUCUGUCCCAUGGGCUUCUGACCCCUCUGCUUCAUAAUCUGCCAGACCCCCCUCCUCCCCCUGUUCCAUUCUUUGCCCUCUAAUUGUCUGACAGUUCUGCUCCAUUACCUGCCCCUUAAUUCCCUGACAUUGAGCUUCAUCACCUGCUUUCCUUCCUCUCUGCCCCGCCCCUAAUUCCAUUAUCCGCCCCAUUCUCCAUCACCUGCAUUUCCUAAUUGUCUGGCCCAUUCCCCAACUCCCUCAAUUUACGCCUGAGCUUCAUCACUAUCUCCUGUUGCAUUCCUUCCUUGUCAGCCAUAACCUCCGACCCCACUUUGCUCCAUACCCUUUAGCUCCCAGUCCCUGCCCACCUGAGCUCUUUCUACUGUACCUGCAGACCCUCCUUCACUGGCCCUACUACUAGCCCCCUGCACCCCUGUGCUCCAUCUCCUCUUCAACUACACUUUCCUUCUUCCAGACCCAUCACUCUUUCUCUCCAUCCCUGACUGACUCCAUAUCCAGCAGCCCCUGGUACCACCUCUCACCCCCUACCUUCUUUGUUUUCCUUUCAACCGCCCUAAUAUGCCCCCUCUCCCUGGCACAGUGGGGUAGGCUGGCAGUGUGCAUGGGAUUGCCUGCAGCUACAGGGAACACCCCCAAUCUCUCAUUCUUGCUGCAGCCUCCACACAAGUCCCGACUGCGGGUUUAUGGACAGGAGUUCCAUGCUGAGACUGAUCCAGGGGCAGCUUGACCCAGAGCAUACAGGUUUUGUGUGUGCAAAAACAUUUGCUGCCCUGGUCAAUGAUCAUGAGCUGCCCCUGGACCCUGCCAAGUUGGAAAUGUUAUUUGCCCUUUCUCAGGGCAACGAGGAGGGACAAAUCUGCUACUCUCAGCUGGUGGACCUGAUCAGCAGCAAAAGGUCCAGUAGUUUCAGAAGGGCCAUCAGCAGUGGCCAACGUGCUCUCCCGAGAGAUGUUCUACUUGAUCAGGAUGGGCUCGGCCUCUACAAAAGAUUUGUACGUUAUGUGGCCUACGAGAUUUUGCCGGGCGAGAUGGAGAGACGCUGGUACUUUUACCAACACCGCCCAUGCCCGCCACCUAUCUUCAUGGCAGUUGUCACGUUAACACAGAUCAUUGUUUUCCUCUGUUAUGGGAUCAAACUGAACAAGUGGGUCUUACAGACGUACCACCCAGAAUAUAUGAAGAGCCCCCUUGUAUACCACCCCGGGCACCGUGCCAGGGCUUGGCGCUUCCUCACCUAUAUGUUCAUGCAUGUCGGCCUGGAACAGUUAGGAUUUAACACCCUGCUGCAGCUAAUGAUCGGAGUUCCCUUGGAGAUGGUUCAUGGGAUACUGAGAAUCAGCCUUCUGUACCUUGCUGGGGUUCUGGCAGGAUCCCUUGCAGUAUCCGUCACCGAUAUGAGAGCGCCACUGGUUGGAGGGUCAGGAGGAGUCUAUGCCCUCUGCUCUGCCCAUCUUGCCAAUGUUGUUAUGAACUGGGCCGGCAUGCGCUGCCCAUACAAGGUGCUUCGAAUGAUACUGGCACUGGUCUGCAUGAGUUCAGAAGUGGGUCGUGCAGUCUGGCUCCGUUUCUCCCCACCGCUACCAGCAGCCGGCCCCCAGCCCAGUUUCAUGGCUCACCUGGCUGGGGCGGCCGUUGGUGUCAGCAUGGGCUUGACCAUCUUGCGCAGCUACGAAGAGAACCUCCAGGACCAGUGCGGUUGGUGGGUCAUCUUACUGUGUUAUGCUACCUUCCUUGCCUUCGCUAUCUUUUGGAAUGUCUUUGCCUAUGAGCUUCUAGGAGUGCAGAUACCACAUCCCCCCUGACCUUUGGACCAUGUACGUCCCUCCACUGAAGCUCCUAAGGUGGGGGACUGCUUAUCCUCAAUCUUUCCUCAGCUGAGGAACCAGCUAAGAUGCAUCACUCCAACACAUUGCUGGACCUUCUAGUCUACGUUAGAGGGAUCCAGAGGUGAUAGGUGGGGGAUAGACAAUGUGACAAAGCAGGGUGAUGUGAUACUGUUUGCUAUUUAUAUGUAUGUACCUGUGUGGCUGGGUGAUUUUAUAAGCUCUUUUUGUUCAUGACCUGUACUCAUGAGAUGUUCAGGAGCUGGGUUACCAUCAGGCAAUAAAACCCUCAAAUCAUCAUUCUUCCAUCACAUAAUGAAAUACAUAGAGGCUGAUGUUUAGCUCCCUUUACUACCACCACUACAUCCUUAAAGUAACAGAGGCUGUUUGUGGCCAUUAAUCUGUCCUGAUCAGAACCCACCUCCUGAUGAUCCUUAUGCACUGGACAAAGGGGUCUCACCUACAUAUAAUGAACAAUCUCAGGCCUGAUAAAUGGAUUUCUGUACAGUUGUGGGGUUACCCCAGAACGGUUCCCCUCGGAAACCCUUACCUCUAAAUUACUUUUUGCUACUUGUGUUGAACUGCAGGGUGUUGAGCGACGUCUCCCACCGCCAAAAGAAAGUACCUGACAGCCCUUAUGAAACAGACAAUAUGACGGUUAAUAGAAUUAUAGAAGUCACAACAAGCCCCUAACACGGUCACUUUUAGCUUAAGGCAAAAAUUACAUUUUUGCCCUGGAUCCCAGAAUCAGAGGAGCCUCUUGGAGGCUCAAAAAAUAGUCCAGCCUUCCUGCAUUGCCACAGCAUCUUUCUAUAUCUAGAAAUUCAGCAUUACCUUUAAGGACAACAAAAAGUCAGUUCACUUUGUUGAGGACCCAUCAGUAAAUACAGUUCUAAACCUUGAACCCCACGCUAGCACUCCUCUUCUUUAAAAAAUGCACCUGCCCAGGGUACUUGUCAUUAGAGAGCUGUGCCACCAGUACAAGAACUCCAGACUGGUGUGUUUUUUUUUAGAAGGAAACACCAGUCCAGGGUUCAAGAUUAGUGAUUAGAUUCAAUUUGGGUGCAGAAGAGAAACAAAUUAGCCCUUCCCAGUGAACUUGUAAUUUAUUGGCCUUUAAACUCAGCGUCGUUCAUGUGCUAACAGUAGGCAAAUUUGCCCCAGCAUAUCAGCAGUAGGAUGCUGAUUGGUUGCUAUGGGUCACAGCAUGGGAACAAAUUUGCCCUGCGUUAGUAAAUGAACCUCAGUUACUUUGUGCCAAAAGGGAAAACAAAAUCAAUUUUGAAAUGAAAAUAUUUAUUUUUAUUUAGGAAACAGAGGCAUCAGUUUUAAACAUGCCCCACCUGUUGCGCAUUCUGUAUUUUAUAUAUAAAAAAAAUAACAACAAAUGGGUAUUUUAUAAAAUAGAAACAUUUAGAACUAAAUGUUAAAAUAUUCCUGGAAAAUAUAUAUAUAUACUCUGUUACUGUAGAUGGACACAUUUGUGUAAUUUUUGGACCCCCUUGCCUCUGGACAGAAACAGAACAAUGAAAUAAAGGACACAGAAACCAACCAAAAAACAUUGCAAACGACAAAUUUCUAUUGUAUUCGCUCCAGUGUUGCCACGUGGGUAAUUUUUAAACUGGUUGGUUUAGUGGGUACAGGGGAACUGCGUUAUUUAAAGCUGUUGAAUAAAAUCUACAUGCUGUACAAAG